GAGGUUUUGAACUUAAAUCCUUUGGUGGGGAGCUUGUUUAAGGGCUACUUGGAUGUAUGGUUUGCCAAGGUACUCACAAGCCUAUGCUGAUGAGGUGGACAAAUUUAUUACAAUCGCAGUGAAUCAUGCAAAGACGUUGUCAACAGGAAAUAAUUGUUCAGUUAUUUGUCCCUGUAAAGAUUGCAAGAACCACUUAGCAACUUAUGAUGUGGAAAUCAUCAGAUCACAUCUGAUUAGGCGAGGAUUUGUCCCGAACUACACAGUAUGGCUUCAUCAUGGUGAAGUAAUGUUUCUUGAUGGCAACGAUGAUGACCAAGAAGACGAUGCUGAAGAAGGCCAAUUGUUGUCCCAAUACGCAGACAUGUUUGAAGCACAAAUGCAACAUGAUUCAGCAAAUGAACAAGCACGUGGUGAUGAUGUCGGUGGUGUCGACAAUAAUGAUGGGGAUGUUGGCGGUGUUGACAAUAAUGAUGUUGGAGCAUGUGAGGGGGAUGCAGAAAACUUUGACAACUUAGAGGAAAUGCUUCGGGCCAUUGGACCAGAAAUACUACAACAGAAGAAGGGUCUAGAAAAUCUAGAGCGGGUGAAAACAGCGUCAAAGGAGACUGUGUAUGGUGUUGAGAAGGGCUGUCCAACACAUUGGACACUGCUCCGUUUUGUGCUUGAGCUACUCAUCCUGAAGGCUAAGUACGGCUGGUCAGACUGCAGUUUUGACGAUCUGUUGCAUCUUCUUUCAUCUGUGCUGCCACUGCCGAACUUAGUUCCCUCCAACACAUACCAUGCUAAGAAGGUCAUAAGUCCAUUGACAAUGGGUGUUGAAAAGAUCCAUGCAUGCCCCAACCAUUGUAUCCUUUUUCGUGGUGAAACGUUCGAAGGUCUGGAUAAAUGUCCUCGUUGUGGGGCAAGUCGGUACAAGGACAAUGACCUUUACAGUGGUGGAGAAGCCUCCACCGGGAACAAGAGGAGUAAGAAGGGUUCCAAAAAGGUGGUACAAGAAUCUCGACCUCCAGAGGACACCCCAUUAGGCAACGACGCAAAGAAGAGAAAAAUUCCUGCCUUGGUAAUGUGGUAUCUGCCAGUGACCGACCGCUUGAGGCGUAUUUUCCUGAACCCUAAGGAAGCCGCGCUCAUGACAUGGUGGGACGAUGAGCGCAAGGUCGAUGACGAUGUGAUUGCACACCCGGCCGAUGGCAGUCAGUGGCAGGACUUCGAUAAUAACAACCCACUGUUCAGUUCGGACCCAAGGAAUGUACGGUUUGCCUUGAGCACCGAUGGAAUGAAUCCCUUCAACGAGAGGACGAGCAACCAUAGCACUUGGCCAGUGAUCUUGACCAUGUACAACAUCCCAACGUGGUUGUGUCAGAAGAGAAAGUAUCUUUUCCUCACUGUUCUUGUUUCUGGCCCUCAGCAACCAGGCUUUGAUAUGGACGUGUUCCUCGAGCCUGUGAUGGAAGAAUUCGAGAAACUAUGGAGGACAGGGGAGCUGAUGUAUGAUGCUUUCCAAAAGGAGACCUUCACAUUAAGAGCAAUAAUAUUUGUGACUAUCAACGACCACCCUGCAUUGUUUGCCUUGUCUGGACAAAUCAAAGGCAAGACAGGAUGCUUAGUCUGUCUGGAUGAUACUAAAUGGGUGUACCUAGAUGGAUCUAAGAAGAUUGUUUACAUCAGGAAUCGUCGCUUUUUAAAGCAAGGUCACAAGUACCGCAGCAAAGUGUACUUAAAGUAUUUUGGCAACAUCCCAGAGGAUGAAGAUCGACCUCCGGAGAGACGUCAUGAUGGACAAUAUGUGUUCCAAAUGGUGAAAAAUAUAAGUGUCAUCUAUGGAAAGAAGAAAAUGGAUGGAACACCUAGAGAUAGAAGCACACCUCCUAUUGAAGGCGUGCCUUUUAAGAAAAAGUCAAUCUUCUUUCAGUAUCUUGAAUAUUGGCAACAAUUGGAGGUCCCCCAUGCCAUUGAUGCUAUGCAUGUGCAGAAGAAUGUCUUUGAGAGUCUCAUCGCUACCUUGAUGGACACACCGAAGUCAAAGGAUAGUCUCAAAGCAAGGAGAGACAUGGAGCAGCUACAUGUGAUGCCAGAGCUUCACCCGGUACUUGAGACAAAAACUGGAAAAUACACCCUACCCGCGGCUAGCUACAACCUGGACCUAGAAGAGAGGAGAGGUUUAUGCACUUCUGUGAAGGGGAUCAAAGUCCCGACUGGGUUUUCGGCAAACCCGAAGAAGCUAGUGUCGAUGAAGGACCUAUCAUUUCCACACUGCAAGGCUCACGAUUGUCAUAUGAUGCUGACGGUGUUCCUACCAAUCGCAAUAAGGGCUAUCAAGCCAGAGUUUUUGAAGAUGGCUAUCACCCGCAUGUGCUACUUCUGGUCGAAGAUCUCACAGAAGAAGAUUAGCAAGACAGAGCUGAGUGACCUACAUGAUUUUGUCGUAGAGACCCAAAACCAACUAGAGAUGUGUUUACCUCCCGCUUUCUUCGACCCUAUGGUACAUCUCAUGAUUCACAUGGUUCAUCAGAUACAGGCGUUGGGCCCUUGCUACUUGCAUGAAAUGUGGUCGUAUGAGCGGUUCAUGUCGGUUCUAAGUCGAUAUGUGCAUAAUCGUGCAUACCCAGAGGGCUCUAUGAUAGAGGGCUACAGUAGUGAAGAAGUCAUCGAGUGCUGUCAAGAGUACCUAAAAGUAUAG